UCGGGCAAGGCCGCGGCGAUGGCGGCGAGAGCGGCAGCGGCUGCAUGCGGGCAGCUGGAUCGGUGCUUGGAGACGCUCGUCGCCGCCGCGACCCAGCCGGAGCGCUUCCUCAGCAUUCAGGAGGCACUCGCUGACAACUUCAGCUCGCUAACGAAAACACUGUACGACUUCCACAAAGCACUUGAGACCGAGACGGUUCCUGGAAGCCCUUUAAAAGAACUGGUGAUAGAGAACUUUGAUGAAGAGCAGAUCUGGCAGCAGCUGGAACUCCAGAACAACACAGUCCUCAGCCACUUCAAAAAAGCUGUUGCUAGAAACAUUGCCGAGGAUGAUCUCCACCUUCUCCCAGACCUGGAGGAGGAGGAGGAAGAUCAACUCACAGAGGACAGCGAGCAGCAGACAGACGAUGAAGAUCAGAUGGAAGACCUCAGCAGUGAUCCUCUGGAAGAGGAACAUGACCUCGAAGAGGAGAAAGGACAAUGCAGAGCAAGGAAAGACCACACAUUUAGUGACGAGGAUUCCGAUAUUGACUUUGACAUCGACAAAUUAGAGCAGCGAACCCGACCGUCAAAGACGGCUGUGAAAAAAACAGGCAAGAAGUCCAUUGUGGAUGACAGGUUCUUCAGACUGGCCGAGAUGGAGGCUGUUUUGGAUGCAGCGGAGAAAAAAGAAAGCAGAGAGAAGGAUGGGGACAGUGACGAAGGCGAGGAAAUCGAUUAUUUUGAGGAUCUUCUUUCUGAAGAGGAUGAGGAGGAGGAGGUGGAAUUUGGGAAAGGAAAAAUGAAGCUACCUAAAAGUGCUCGCGAUCUUAAAUAUCGAGAUUAUUUUGAUCCUGUUGAUGAUAGCGAAGAUUUCACAAGCGAUGACAAAGGCCGUGAAGAUGAUGACGACCAGACCGAGGGAGAAGAAUGCGAAGGUGAAGAGGAAGGUGACGAAGGCACAGCUGACGAAAUGGAGGAAUCGGAUAAAAUUCAGCAGCCACAGGAGAGUGAAAGGAAGAAAGGGACUUCUAAGAGGGUGACGUUCACUUUGCCGUACGACAGUGACAUGGAAGACAAACCCGAUGCCUCGGAGGAAAAGACAAGCCGUUCCCCUGAAAAGAAAUCCUCCUUUGAGAAAAGGCAGGAAAAGCUGAGUGCAAAAAUUAAGUCUCUUGAAGAAGAGCUGCUGAGAGAGAAGUCCUGGCAGCUGAAAGGAGAAGUGACGGGACAGAAACGGCCCGAAAACAGCCUCCUGGAGGAAACGCUGCUCUUUGACCAUGCAGUCAAAAUGGCUCCUGUGAUCACAGAGGAGACAACGAUGGAGCUUGAAGAGAUCAUCAAGAGGAGAAUAAAAGAUCAGGCUUGGGAUGACGUUGUACGGAAAGAAAAGCCAAAAGAGGACCCCUAUGAAUACAAAAAGCGCUUGACUCUGGAUCACGAGAAAAGCAAAUUAAGUCUUACUGAAAUUUACGAACAGGAAUAUUUGAAGCUUAACCAGAAAAAAACUGAAGAGGAAGAAAAGCCUGAACAUGUAGAAAUUCUGAAAGCAAUGGAUGCUCUUUUUCUCAAACUGGAUGCCCUUUCCAAUUUCCAUUUCACACCUAAACCGCCCGUGCCAGAAGUUAAAAUAGUCUCCAAUCUCCCAGCAAUAAGUAUGGAGGAAGUUGCUCCGGUUAGCGUUAGUGAUGCUGUGCUUCUGGCUCCGGAGGAAAUCAAGGAGAAGAACAAAGCGGGAGAUGUGAAAACAGAUGCCGAGAAAACCUCCACGGACAAAAAAAGGGAGCGGAGGAAAAAGAAGCUUCGGUGGCAUAUAAAGCUGAAGCAGAAGGAGAAGCGGCAGAAACUCCUGGAGAAGAAGUUGGAGCAAAAUCCCAAGGUGAACAAACAAGUUUCAGCGGAGCAGCUGAGGAAGCUCACCAAGGAAGGCAGAGCAUCUCUGCUCAAGGAUGACGGCAAAGACAAGACUUUGAAGUCCUCCCGAGCCUUCUUCUCUCAGUUGCAAGAUCAAGUGAAAAUGCAAAUUAAAGAUGCAAAGAAAAGCCAGGGGAAGCCGAAGAAACGUGAACUCUCUGCCCAGAAGCUGAAGCUGUGAUAUAUUUAUGCAUAUGCUGAUUUGUACCAAUUAAAGCCAGUUUUCUAAUUUA